UCGAAUCGAAAUAACCUUUUGGUCAAAAGGCCUUGAAUUUUGGAAAUGGCUGCCCCGUGACGCUGGCGACUCGUAAACCCUAGCCGCUCUGCGAACAAGACGAACGGCUUGGGUUCGACAGAGGGCUAAUUUACUCUCCCCCACCCCACCAUGGCCUAUGCAGCGACCAAACGAAAGCGCGGUCAAGACAGAUUCUCGGACAAGCCAGCUUCGUCUUCCGAUUCUACAAUACCCCCCAGACUUUCUAGACAUAAAGUCCGAGAAUUUCACGCCCGUUGCAGAGGAUUUCUUAGGUUCAGAUCACUGGUUCGUCGUAACAAGACGACAAAACCUACAAGUGUUUGCGUAGGGAUAGGUCAUGAAGAAGCAAGCAAUUUAUUUGGUUACAAGUUUGAUUCAAGCAAACCCGUACAUGAAGUGAUUGAUUUGGUUGAUGAAGAUUCAAGCAUUGAACAAGCUGCGCAGGUGGUUGAAGACGAUAAGGUUGAGAAGGAAUAUUCUUCUCCUUGCCGUGCUCGUAAUGACGAAAAGGGUAGCUAUCUGAGAGUAGUACCAUUGAUACGUCGAUCUCCCCGUUUGAAGAAAAAGCGCGCUGAGGUAUCUCGUGAACUCUUUCUACCGCUCAAAGAAGAGGAAGAUGCUCAAGUCAAAAGUGCCUUCUCUGUGAGAAAUAGGAUGAAGGUCUUGGUUUUGCAUAAAAAUUCCGGCAUUGAAAUUCGCGGAGAGACUUUGCAAUGCCUCAAACCGUGUGCUUGGCUGAACGACGAUGUGGUCAUUAAUCUCUAUCUCGAAUUGCUGAAAGAAAGAGAAACUAGAGAUCCUCAAAAGUACUUCAAGUGUCAUUUCUUCAAUACGUUUUUUUACGUCAAGCUAACAAGACCCAGUUACAAUUACAAAGCUGUCAGGAGAUGGACCAGACAUAAAAGGCUCGGAUAUAAUCUUAUCGACUGUGACAUAAUAUUUGUUCCUAUCCAUGGUGUUGUACAUUGGACCCUUGCAGUAAUUAACAAAAGGGAAUGCAAAUUCAUGUAUCUUGAUUCGCUUAAUGGAUCUGAUCCUACAAUUUUGACGGCCGUGGCUAAGUACUUUGUGGAUGAAGUGAAGGACAAAAAUGGGAAAACUAUUGACAUUAGUUCAUGGGGCAUGGAAUACGUUAAAGACCUUCCGCUACAACAGAACGGUUAUAGAUCUGAUGAUAAUCCUCUCUUGCCAAUUGUCCAGGUACGACUGUGGGUUGUUUAUGCUUAAAUACAUAGAUUUUUACAGUAGAGGACUGGGGCUGAAGUUUAGCCAGACGAACAUGCCAUACUUCAGGGUAAGAACAGCUAAGGAGAUACUGAGACUGCAAGCCGAUUAGAAUUUUUUAGAAAGACAACAAUGUUAUAUUUAGAAGCCUCUUAAGUGAAAUGUAAUUUGCUUUGGCUAUGGUGAAUGCCAAGAUCUCAUUAUCACCAUGGCUGCUUUUUAGGAGCUAUCGGUUCAAAUUUUUUGGCAAAUAGAAUUGAAGGGUUGUAGCUUACUUCAGUGAUGAAUAUUGUAAAAGCCAACAAUAUUAUUUUCCGAAGCAUUUGAGCAAAACCUAAUUUUC